UACAGACGUCUAGACGCUCAAAACCGAACCGGUUUGUUACGAAAGAAAACACACCGAAUCCAUUAUCGCGCUCUUUUAUGCGGCGGUUGGUCGUUUGCUCUGCACCAAUCCCGGAACGCGAUACUAAACCAAACUAGCCAAUAGGGGCUUGUUUUAUUCAAUGUGCCAGAUUGAGGCGCGCACGGGCCAUCGGGAUACAGCAAGCUAAACAGAGAUAAGCUGUGUCUACUUUGGUCUGGAAACAAGCCGGUAAAACAUGGCGGAUUUCCUCGAAGACCCGUCCGUUCUCACAAAGGACAAGCUAAAGAGCGAGCUGCUGGCGAACGACGUUCCUCUUCCCACCGGCGAGCACAGAAAGGACGUCUACGUCCAACUUUACCUCAAACACCUGACCGUCCUGAACAAGAAACACUCUCAGGCUGAUACUUUCUCCAGUGACGACGAAAUAACGCCGGUGAUCUCGAACAGAAGUCGAUCUGGGAAGAAAGCUACAAAAAAGACGGAUAAGAUUCGUAAAGAGGAGGAGGUGGAAGUCGCCAGUCUGACCGACAGAGACUUGACGGAUCAGUUACUGAAGUAUGGCAUCAAUCCUGGUCCUAUAGUCGCCUCAACUCGUAAACUUUAUGAGAAGAGACUUCAAAAGCUGUUAGAUCAACCUCCUUCAGAGACCACAUCCCCUGAACCUGAGACUGCAGUUCCAGAGUCAGUACCUGUGAAGGCAGACGGAAGUCAGAAUGGCAAAACACGUACGGUGGAGGAUCAGUACAGCGACAAGGAAGAAGAUGUUGAACCAGAGCCCGUUCCUGUAGCACCAAAACCUGUUAGAAGCCGAGGAAAAACACCAGUGACCACCAGGACAAGCAGCCGGCUCAGCAAUAAGCAGGUAGAGGAGACGAAAACAACUGAUGAGCAGUCAUUUACUGACAGAGGUGAUAUUUUAAAAGAAAUCUUCCCUAAUGAACCUGCAACACCCACAGGUAUUAGUGCUACCUGUCGGCGACCUAUUCAUGGGGCAGCUGGGCGUUCGGCGUUGCCGCUUGACCUCUGGCCAGAGGAGUCUUUUUUACACCAGCGUGUGUUCACAACCACCAAGUCAUCACUCACACACACUCACAGCACUCCAUCUCAUGCACCAUCAAUCUCAUCUCCUCAAUCUGAGCUGCGUCCACACCGUCGCUCCUUUUCCAUCUGGCUCAAACUGCUGGUGUUCCUUUUGCUGGCUGCCUCACUUUACUAUGUCUUUCAGAAUGUGAGCAAUGAGCAGAUCGACUCCUGCGUGCUCUUCUUACAGGACAGGGUGGUCACGCCCUUCCUUAGUGCAAUUGGUGUUAUCAGCCAGGAGGAGAAUUCUGGGAGCAAGUGAAUACAUGUUCUCCCAGUGUUGCAUGAGCUGUCUUGAUUCUCAGACUUGAGCCACAUCCCCAUCUGAUAGAUUGGAGGAUCAACAUAUUGGCAGGGUUUGUGCUUAUAAUUAUUUCUGUCCAACUUUUAAGUCAUGUCCAUUUGUGUGUUUUUAUUAGUCUUUAAACUGUGUGAACUGUGUUUUCACCUUGCCUUUUUUACUGUUUUGUAGCAGGUUAUAAGAACAGGAAGAAAUAGUGAUUUUUGUAGCCUUGUAUCAUGAAACAAUUGCCACUGUAUGGUUCCUGUAGUCCAUUUAGACAAACUACAUGACAAAAUUGUUUUAGAUAACAACAAAAUGCUUUUCUACAGGGCAUUAGUAUGUGUUAAUUACAGGCAUUGAAACUCAUCACAAUGUGAGUUUAAAAAAAACUGGGGCAUGCUAAAGAGUACUAUUUUGUGUGCAGUGGAAUUUUAGUAAAGAUUAUUGUAUGUAAAUAUUUUUUGCUGUGCUGAUUACUAUCGUUAUCAGGAUAGCAAAGAUAUCUUUGUUGGUAAUUGUAUCUUUUUGUUUCUGUUCGUUUGUAUAGUAGCAUGGAAAUGUGCCCAAACUACUAGACUACCUGAUCAGUUAUGCAGUUUGCUUUUAGUGCCACUUGUGCUGAUUCUACAUCAGACCCUGUUUCACACUUCUACACACUCUGCCAUCUUUUUUGUGACUUUUAUUCACUGAUGAAUCACUGGUUUUGUGUUGGUUGACGACUUGAGUAUGUUAUCUAUGUUACGUGAAAGUAUACUUUGUCGUCUUAACACAAACUUUAUCCACCUUCAGAAAGUCACGUUUGUGUCUGUUGGACAAACAUGAAGUAGUGUAGAACAUUUUUAGUUGAAAUAAAUACAUUCAGUAUAAACUUUUUUUUGUAUUUUACUAUAUGGAUUCAAAAAUGUCUGAGUUUUUAACUGCAAUAUUUUUCUAAUGUUUUUUUUUCUUCUUCUAAAAAUACCUUUUUAAAGACAAGUAACCAUAGCUCUUUGGAAUGGUAUGUGCCAGUGAGUUACAGCAAACAUGUAAGUUUAAACCUGCUGUCUGAAAGGCAGAAAGUGUUUUUAAAAAUGGAAAUAAAUUUUGCACUUUGUCACAGGGCAGCUAAUAGGAUCUUAACGGUUAACUGUAACUUUCAUUCUGGAGUGUCUAUCUUUUGGUUAAAUACACAAUUGUGCAAAAUAAAAAAAAUAUAUAAAACAA